UCAAAAGUAAAGAAGAGAGCAGGUAUUAGCAUCAAUAGUUUACAGUAAAAACAUAUUCCGAGCUGACAAAAUGUUGGAAAUAUUCCGGACUCCCUAUGCCGAUUCCAAGCAGCUCCCGUUGGCCACAGGACCCGGCCCAAUUUUAACUAUUGUCGUAGGCUACUUGCUGGUGGUUUUCAAGGCCGGCAGGAAGUUCAUGGAGCACCGGGAACCCUAUAAGCUAAAUGGAGUUCUCAAGUGGUACAACUUGUUUCAGAUAUUAUACAACAUAGCGAUGCUCUUGCCGGGAUUCUAUUUCCUGUUUGUGUUCCGGCCGUAUAAUUUUAGCUGCAUGAAAGUUCUGCCUCAGGGUCACCCCCUGAAGGACUGGGAACGCACCAUUGGUUACGCUUACUACAUCAACAAGAUCGUGGACCUGCUGGACACUUUUUUCAUUGUCCUGCGCAAGAAGUACCGUCAGAUAACCUAUCUGCAUGUGUUUCACCAUGUCCUGAUGCCGACUAUGGGAUACUUUAUCAUUCGUUUUCACGGCUAUGGAGGCCACCUGUUUCUCCUUUGCUUCUUCAACGUUUUCGUGCACGUGGUGAUGUACUGCUACUAUUACUGUUCUAUUGCUGGCAUGCCUGUGCCCUGGAAGCGCUAUCUCACCGUGCUCCAGAUGGUGCAGUUCAUCCUGAUGUUCGCCCAUUGUGCCUACACUGCCGCCCAGCCCAACUGCCAGAAAUCACAGGGAUUGACCUUUUUGUUCAGCUGCUCCGCCGCGAUCAUGUUCAUCAUGUUCACCAACUUCUAUGUCCAGAGCUAUAUGCGAAAUUCAAAGGAAAAGGAGAAUUGAGCCCUAUUGAUUUGAAUUAUUAUACUUUACAUUAGUAUUCUACCUUUAGAGCACAGUUUACAAAAACAAUUUGCUAUGUGAGCAUAAUUUUAACUAGUUUUGGGGACCCUGUAUAUGUAUAGUUAAUAUUAUGUUCUUUUUACGAAAUUGUGUCCCUAAAACAUUUGUUAUUUCAGUAAUACUAUUAAUUAAUACCAUAAAAAGACUAAUACUUGCAAUUUAA